AUGGAAAAGGAGGAUUGGUGGCGUGAUGCUGUCGUCUACCAGGUCUACCCUGUGUCAUUCCAAGACACGACCGGCAAUGGACGCGGUGACCUGAACGGCAUCACUUCAAGACUCCAAUAUCUCAAGGAUCUGGGAGUGAACGUAGUCUGGCUAAGUCCCAUUUAUGCAUCCCCCAUGGUUGACAUGGGUUACGACAUAUCCGACUAUCGAGCCAUCCACACUGAAUUCGGUGUCAUGGAAGACUGGGAAAGACUGGUCGAUGAAGCGCACAAACUCGGACUGAAAAUUGUCAUGGACCUUGUUGUCAAUCAUACAUCUGACCAGCACGAAUGGUUCAAGAAUGCUCAAUCUGGUGGGAACAAGAAGGAUUGGUAUGUCUGGCGUGACAAGAACCCCGAAGGCAAAGAACCAAACAACUGGGGCGCUAUAUUCGGCGGCUCUUGCUGGGAGUGGAACGAACAAUUGCAGCAGUAUUACUUGCACGUAUUCGAUGUGUCACAACCAGACUUGAAUUGGCAAAAUCCGGAAGUAAGAGAGGCUGUGUGGGAUGUUAUGCGUUUCUGGCUUGAUAAGGGCUGUGAUGGUUUCCGAAUGGAUGUCAUCAAUUGUAUUUCCAAGACACCAGGGUUUCCUGAUGCGCCAGUAGCGGAUCCAAAAAGUGCCUUCCAGUAUGGUCUGGUCCAUCGUUUUAACGGACCCAAGGUGGCUGAGUAUCUGCAUGAAAUGCAUCAUAGGGUUCUCAAGCACUAUCCUGGUACAUUUACUGUUGGAGAAGCCCCAGGAAUCAAGAACGCUGAACAGGCUCUUCCUCUAAUCCAAAAUGGUACCCCGUUGCAGAUGCUCUUCCACUUCGAACACAUGUACAUCGACCACCAGCCCGGCCAACAAUGUUUCAACUAUCGGCCAUGGAAAUUAACCGAACUCAAAGACAUCCUAGGCAAUUUCAUGGAGUUUAAUCAAAAUCACAAUGGCUGGGACAGCUUAUAUCUUGAGAAUCACGAUCAGCCGAGAAUCACCUCACGAUGGGGUAGCGAUACCACCUAUCGAGAAGCGUCGGCCAAAAUGCUUGCCUUAUUUCAUGCAACAGGCCGUGGAACGCUUUUCGUUUAUCAGGGCCAGGAAAUUGGAAUGGUCAAUCCCCCAUCAUGGACAUUCGAUGAGCUUCGUGACUUGGAAGAGAUUGAAUACUAUAACGGGGUCAAUGAGCGCAAUGGAGAUCUUAACGAUGCGUUGAGACAGAUCCAGCGUAUUGGACGAGAUAAUUCUAGAACUCCAAUGCAAUGGAGCGCAGAUGUUAACGCUGGAUUUACAACGGGCUCACCAUGGAUUAAGGUUAAUACCGACUACUUCGAAUGGAAUGUUGCGGCACAGCUAGAAAAUGAGAGCACCAGUGUGCUUGGAUUCUGGAAAAAGUUGCUUAGCAUUCGAAAAAUGCACCCUGGUCUGGUACGCGGCAAAUUUCAAAUGAUCGACUACGAAAACCAGAGUGUAUAUGCAUAUACGAGAACUGAUGAAGUCGCACAGUAUUUGGUUGUGUGUUCCUUUUCCGAUAAGGAGAUCACUUGGGUCUGUCCAGUCCAGACUGGGAGUUUACUACUUGCAAACUAUCCAGACGGCGAUCGACAAGAGCUCGAUGGCAUGAAACUAAAGCCAUAUGAAGGUCGUUUGUACAUAUAUGCAAAGAACCAGCACUGA